AUGAGUCGGCAAUCCGGUAUUACCGUGGAAAGGAGCCGUUCUGACGAAUGUAGCUCAGCCGAAAGGAGUACGCAUUCGACAUCCGAUGAUCUACGCUCGUUUUGCGGUUCGUUGACCGAUGUAUUCUCACGAUCUUUGGCAUAUUUCUCACCAAGUUCUGUACCUGCAAGCAGAUUUGCAGUUCACCAAGAUACACCAAAUCUUAUGUCGACAUCCAAUCCACACGGCUACGGAAGGUCAUUUUUCGAAACCGCAACCAAGGUACAACCUUUUCCAAAAAGUAGAGUGACGUUUGACUCAAACAAUGAAGUUCAAGAGCUUUAUACUUCGGGCAAUGUGCCAUCUUUUGACAAGCAAUCACAGCGAGGAACGAUAAACCCUUGGAGAAAGUAUGGCGCCUUGAAAAAACUACAUGAGAUUGGUGGAAUUGCUCCUCCGGGAAAUACGAAACUCGACCGAAAAAACAAAGAAGCCUUCAUCAGAAUCAAGAAGGGGACCAGGCCACCACCACCACCGCGAUGUGCUGAAGUAACCUUGAACAAAGACAAGAGAAAUCCAGGACUUUUAGGGAGAAUCCAUUUGCCCAGGAACGUACCUGCGGAGCAACUGUCUCAAGCUAUUGCGUGGGAAAUCAAGGCAAUGGUAGAAUCUAGUCCAGAUGAGCUAGAAGAAUUAGAAAUGGUUCAUGGUGGAAUACUUGAAAGUAAUGAGCUGCAAGAAAGACCCUGGCCAAAUUUACAUGAAGGAAGAAGAGUCUAGCAAUGAAAUGUAAUAAAAUCAAAAAAAUUUUACUCUCACCAUUUCGAAAGAAUAAAC